UUGAGUCGAGUGUUGUUUAUGUUUUCCUCUGGACGGUUUGGGUGACAUGGUUAGUUUCAAGUGCUGCAAUGAUAUCUAUCAUACUUCUAUUUCUGACUUUUGCUCAUUUUAUGGAUGCAAUUGGUUCAAAUGCAAAGGAAAAUGUAUUGGUCUUCUCUAUGAAAGGUGAUCUUGUCAAACUUGUAAAACUCCUUGAAAAUUCUACCGUGAUUAUUCAAGUCGUAGAUAUUCCUCUUGAUGUGUCUUCCAUAACUAUACAAGCCCAUGCACAUACAGAAAGUUUAUUAUUGUCUUACAGUGCUAAACCAACAGCACCAGAUUAUAUUACCGGUCAAAGUAUUGGGUUGUUUUGCAAACUGAAAAACUUAGAUUCUAAGGCUCAAGUGUGGCUUUUCAACAAUAAUCCACAAACUGUUUCUACAUUUCUAGCAGUUACAGCUGCGGAUGGGAGUGAACCAAUUCCUGGAGGCUGUAACAUGGAAUUCCCCACUGAAGUAGCUCCCUAUUUAAAAUUAUUAGUUCAUAAGGCACGAUUAAAUUUGGAAUAUCAGCAUGCCAACAUGGGAGUUAAAAGAAAUGUUCCAUCUCCACCGUGUGGUGCUUCGACGUAUAUCACCUAUGAUACUUAUGUUUUGUUUUUGAAAGAAAAUGAUUAUGGACAAGAUGAAUAUUUUGAUAAAAUCUCCAAAAUGAGCAAUCUGUCAUCAUUGAAGAAAUAUUCAACUAAGGUGCAAUCGUAUUCAGUUCAUCCAGACACUAGACUAUCUUUCCUGAAAUAUCCAAACGUUGGAGCAAUAUAUAAUAUUGUUGCUAGAAGUACAGUGGAUGGAGUUGUGAAAGAAGCACCAUAUAUUCCUGUAGGCACAUAUGGAUGUGAUUUUUCUGAUUUUACUGAAAAUGGUUGCAAGUUCACGUAUUCCUUUGGUGGCAAGGCAUUCCUAUUUAUACUCUCCAUCUAUGGUUUUAUUGUUUCUUUUUUUGGGCAUAAGUUUUUUGGACCAACAAUACUUUUCUUUGCCUUUUUGUCUUCUUUUUUCAUUGGACUUGUACUUAUUGGACGUUAUUCAGCUUUGAACAAAUACAGUGUUAUUCAAAUUGCAGCUGUCAUUGGAUUGUUCAUUGGAACUGUUUGGUUCAUCCUUUGGCUAAAGUUCCAGAUCCAUAUAAUUUCUUACCUUCUCAUUGGAUUUGUUUUUGGGUUUUUACUAACCGCAACUGCAUUUUAUACUCCUUUAGGAAACUUUGAAAUUUUCAUGAAUGAUAAGAACUAUUGGGGUAUAUUGUGUACAGGAACUCUAUUAGUCACUGUGAUCUUCCUUUCACAUCCUAACAUGUUGACUAUACUAGGGUCAUCCAUAGUUGGCUCCUAUAUGAUGUUGUUAUUCUAUGAUGAUUACAUUGGAACAAGACUAGCAUAUGUCAUAUUGAAUGUAAUUAAAAGAGCAAUUUCGGAAGAUUUUGGUUUUACUUCAAAUGAUUAUCCAUUUCAAGCAAAAGAUAUUGCAAUGAGUGUAUUGUGGGGUUUCAUUGCAUUUCUUUCCAUUUUUCUGCAGUGGAGAAGGUUUUCAGUCAGAAGAAAUUGCAGCACUUCUAACAAACCAUGUUGCUCUUUCUGUUCUCCUCGAAUGUCCACCUCUUCAAGUUUACUACAAUUACCAAGGAGCUCGGAACAUCCAAAUGAUAGACUGAUCAAUCCUAAAUAUAAUAAUUCUCAUUAUCAAACCUUUCCCCAGUGAAUUUACAUCUUUUGGGCUUACAUGUUUGUUUUCUACUAUAACUAGUCAUUUUAAUGCAAAGUAUUUUUCUUAUUUCAGUAUAAAAUAAUAUUUUAUACCAGUAUGUGUUGGAUUUUUUUUUUUUUUUUUUUUCAUUUUAGGUAAGUCUUUCGUACUUUGAAUCAACAAAGUAUUUUAAUCAUUGUACUUAAAAAUGAGCAUAAUUGUGACUGAACUAUAAACUAUGUAUUAUAU